AUGUACAUCCCCUACAGCAGCCGUCAUGCUCGCCAGCAACCCGCCCAAGCCGUCCCCAUCAACGUCGACGGCCACCCUUCCGUGCGCCCUUCCUCACUCCUCAUCCGUGCGUCCUCACUCGUCCAGUCUUAUAUACGCAUGACAACUCGCCUCGUCUGCGCAGCACUUGGACUCGGCCUUGCACUCGUUCUAGCCGUGUCUGGUCUGUUUGCUCUGGUUCUCUUCCAGUGUCGUGCCAGGAAGAAAGGUAGGAGACAGCGCGCCAUGAGUGGAGAAAGCUUUGCCUGUCCCGGAGAGACAGCCGGAAGACCACGCCCCGCAGGAUGGAGGGCACAGCCCAGGACUGCAGUGAACGCGCCCCUGCUCGAGCAGGAUUCAAUCUCGCCGACGUUCACUGCCCCACCACCCGCAUACACCGAGUCUGUCUCCGGAUCUCUGACGACUGCGACUUCCCUCACUCUGCCUCGUAUCCUGACGGACGAGAUCGGACUUCGACCACGUGCGCACACCCUGGAAAGUAGGAGCAGCAUAGCACCGACAUCCUCAGUUGCCCCAUCGAGGUCUUUUCUUCAACUUCUUUCAGCAGCUGGGCUCCGUAACAGCGUACAAGAGGAUACCCAAUACGCGCAUAUAUCCACAGAAGAGGGGCGCAACACAAAUAGGAGAUACCACAAGUGCUUCACGAAGGGGACGGCCGAGCUCGAAGUUGUAUCGUCGUACGCGAGCGAGGACGAAGAAGGUCAAUCAAGCCCGUAUGACCCUGCUGAUUACCCGGCCCGCCCUCCUCACAGCCGACAUAGUCGGAACGUCAGUCGCCAAAGCUCUGAUCUCGCAUACUUGCAAGAAGACAAUAAUCUUAUCGACAAUCGACCGACUUCCAGGGCUAGUUGCGCCAGAUAUUCGCGUUUUUCUCAAGCCCACUCGCGUACCAAGGAUAGCAUUACCAGUUUAGAGUCGGACCUCUUGACUCGCUUGACUCCCGAACCGCUCACCCCAAUCACCCCUUGCAUGGUGGAGCCUGGCGGACUUCAAGUUGGAUGGUCCUUCCCUGUAGCACGGGAUCGCGACGCAGCCUUCUACCAACGCCGCUAUCACGCGUCGCUCUCGGAGACCUCCCCGAUCAAGCUUGAACUGCCUCCUAAACCUUCCCGCGAGCGUUCUACUACCCAUCCUCCCCAAGGCCCCAUCCUGCAUCAUCUUGUCAACCCGAUCUAUAACCCAGCUGCUGCCCGCAGUAAGAAGGGCCACAGGCGGUCCAAGUCUUCAGGCUCUGUGAGCUCCACAUCCAGCGGCCAGCCGCUAGCUAUGGGUCUCGGGAUGGUUGGGCUCGGGCUCACACUGGGGGCAACGCUGCACAAUGGCACAGGACUCAGGCGGUUGUCCUUGGUUCCCGAAGAAGAGAAUCCGUCCAUUGGCGAGAUCAAGCGACCUGAAUCUGUAUACGUCCCGACGGCCACCCGAACUCAGACUGGCAUGCACCGUCGUUCGCAGAGCAUGCCAGUCGAACGGUCUUCACUCACUCUUAUCCCGCCGAACCCUAUCCUACCCCAUCAUCGGCGCAGCCCCUCGCUCGUUUCUGCCGACACUUUGACCUCGUCCUCGAAUCGCAGCAGUUCGCCCAUUUUCCUUUCCCCUCUUCUGAGCACCCCGUCGACUACCGGACCGGAGACCCCUGUCUUCGCCUUUCCUCCUGAAGCUCCUGCCACGGCCGCCGGCCGUGAGCGGUCCACAACUCUGUCUUCCGUUGACGGCGACCACCUGACUAUCAAGAUCUACUAUUCCUCCCAUGGACACGUCGACCCUUCCCGCAAUUCCUACUUCGACUCUAGCACCGAAACUGUGAAGUUCCGUCUCCCGCGAACGGCAGUCUUCGGCGAACUGUGCAUCAAAGUUUGGGAGAAGCUGGGUCUCCCGGUCAACUUGCUCAUGUAUGACGACAUGACUGUAGACGAGGACAGUGACCUGGAAGGUGAGGGAUGUGCGAAGCGGAAGAUGGUCGGUGCAGAGGAGUGGAGAGAUGUUUGCGAGAGAGCCCAGAGCAGGGUUUAUUUCUGGGCAAAGGAUGCCGAGGUCAAUAUCGUCAGCCCUUGA